GAUGGCUUCAUCGAGCUUGUUAUCGUCACAAUUGCCGUGCAGCUUGUAACUGUCGCUGUCGGGGGCUUGCGAUCGCCUCUGCUAUAAUGACUGGCCAAUUAUCCGGCCAAGCUUCUCCCUAGCUGUUCUGCGAUGUCGCUGACGGUGACCACCACCCAGGUGGAUAACAAUGACGACGCGGGCGGUCGUCGCGAGAGGCCCUGGCUAUUCCCAUCGAAUCGCAGGCUUCGUCAUCUCCAAGGGAUAUCUGUCCGCAAUCUCGUCGUUACUCCUCCGAGUAGAACUCGUGGGAAGACAAUCGACGACGAGGAUAUCCCCAACUCUCUACAGUCGCCCUCCAAGAUAUUAGCCCAAGAUGCCAACCGUCAUUUGCAUCAAUCACGAUCGUUUACCGAUCUUCAAUCUACAUCCUCACGCCGCGAGAACCCCACGCGCAAAGAGCAACCCCUGCGAUCGCUCCGAAGAAACACACUACCCUGGAAUGACCCAAACCCACGCACGAGACAGAUUAAACUGGAGGAUAUAACUAGGAGUCGAAUGGCCGAUACGUGGUUUUCCCUUCACUGUGAUGGCCACGAAGGUCCCGUAUACGUGAGUGAGGUCGUGGAAAACGCCACGAAUCCAAGCUUCCGCGAAUUCGAUUUGAACAUCUGUGGUCCAUUGGUGUCUCGCUCGGACCGGUUGACAUUGAAACUCUGGACGAAGUCGACCGCCAUGAUAGAGUAUUUCUUGCUAGUUGAACUGCAGCUGCAUCUGCAGUCGUUACAGUUUUUGGGGAAAUCGCUGGAUAACUUCCACCAACCCCUGCCUGCGAAUUCGAUUCUCUUUCAUUUCGCCGAUGGCGUCUACACGAACUUGACGGAUCUUCCUCCGAUGUGGGCGUCGUUGCCCGCGAAAAGCACUCGGCCACCGGAAGGAGCCGGGCUCUCCACGUCGUCUUACGAUGCGCUGAUGCGACUGGCAAACUUGGACGAGUGUAUCCAAGACGCAUUGCUAACGCGCGAGAGACUAGAAGCGCAGAUUAGCUCCAUUCUUGAAGAGAAUCAGCGAGCGAUCAACACGGUCAGUGAAGCUUCGCGAGCGCGGGAGCAGCUGGUUCAGACCAAGCACACCGUUUCGUCCGAACGAAAACGUCUCCGACUAGCCACAAAACGUAAGGAAGAGCUCAUCGGCAGCAUUCGAGCGAGAAAAGAGGCCAUGGAUGCUGGACGAUAUAGCCAGGACAAGGCUCGUAGUCAUUUGCCUGAUGCGCAGCAGAAGUUGGUCUCCAGUGCCAAAUUGCUGGAUCAGAACACCGAAGAAGCCAAGGGACAGAUCCGACGGAUCGGGGAGGACCUUCUCGCGAUCUACCCCAUCGAGCCGAUUCCUGACAAACCGCUUGCUUUCACCAUUGCCGGCGUCGCUCUGCCGAACUCGAAUUUUGUCGACAUCGACCGGGGCGCCGUGGCCGCAGCGCUGGGAUGGACGGCACACCUGGUCUACAUGCUGUCCUUCUACCUGUCGGUGCCCAUUCCGUAUCCGAUCAACCCCAAUCUCUCGCACUCGCUGAUCCAGGACCCCGUGUCCGCUGCCCUGCCGCAGCGGACCUUUCCGCUCUAUCCGGUGAACGUGCACUACCGGUUCGAGUACGGGGUCUUCCUCCUGAACAAGGACAUCGAGUUCCUCCUGAACAAACAAGGGCUGCGGGUAGUCGACAUCCGGCACACCCUGCCCAACCUCAAAUACCUCCUGUACGUGCUGACCGCCGGGACGUCGGAGAUUCCCGCACGAAAGGCCGGAGGGAUUCGAGGCCUCCUGCCAGGGCGCCUCACGCCCAGCUCGUCGCGGCGCGGGAGCGAGGAUAGCGUUACAUAUGGCGAGUCAGCUCUAGCCCGAAAGGUGCUGGGGCCCAUGCCGAAAUCCAAUGGGGAGAUUGCGCCAGACAAGGGCAAGCAGACGGCGUCUGCGUUCGUCGCUGACCCUGCGGCCCUCCCUCUGGUGUGAGUGGUCUUUUUGGAUUUUGCGGUCUGUGUUUUGGUUGGGGGUUCUUUCGAAGCUUCCACGCAUUUGGGCUGCGUGGAGGAUCGAUAGAUAAGUAUCUUGACCGACAGUGAGACGGACAGUGAGAUGGUUGAGGAGGGUUGGUUUUUUUUUUUUUUUUUUUUU